UGCCAGCAGGACCCCAAACGCCAAAAGAAUGUUUCAAAUUAUUACUGCUCAAAUUUUGGGGCUAACUUCUUGGCUGGUUGCGUUCCAAAUUCUGCUCCAAGCCCGGCUGCCACAGACUUGUUCUUGCCAAAAAUCCCUGUGCCACUGCCAGAGUUUGAGCCCGAAAUGCCCACUUUCAGUUGUGAGAAUGAGAAUGCCAAGAAAACAAGUCCAGUUAGCGUAUCUAACCUGCAAAGCAUUGCCGCACGUCAAAGGAGAAGGAAAAUAACUAACAAGAUACAGGAGCUAGGAAAGCUCAUCCCUGGUGGCCACAAGAUGAGAACUGCUGAGAUGCUCCAGGCUGCUUAUAAGUAUGUCAACUUCUUGCAGGCUCAAGUUGGAGUUCUUGAAGCCAUGUGGUCAUUUCAUCAGGGUAAGGAAGAAGCAUUAAUGCACUCACAAGAACUCCCAAACUUGCUAAUAUCUCAAGCAAUUCAAGAGAAGUUGUAUUCCGAAGAAAAGUGCUUGAUCCCUAAAGAUUUCGUGCAAACUCUGGCCAGUGAUUAUCAGAUUCAAUCAAAGCCUUUGAUAAUCGAGGAAAUCAAUCGGAUUCUUCUCACAAGCUAG